AUGGCCACCAUCACCUGCAAUCGCUUCACUGAGGAGUACCAGCUCUUUGAGGAACUGGGCAAGGGCGCUUUCUCCAUUGUCCGGAGAUGCGUGAAGGUAUUGGCUGGACAAGAGUAUGCAGCCAAGAUCAUCAAUACCAAGAAACUCUCUGCUCGAGAUCACCAGAAGCUGGAGCGAGAAGCCCGGAUCUGCCGUCUCCUGAAGCAUCCCAACAUUGUGAGGCUCCACGACAGCAUCUCUGAAGAGGGCCACCACUACCUGAUAUUUGACCUGGUCACCGGCGGGGAGCUGUUUGAGGACAUUGUGGCCAGGGAGUACUACAGCGAAGCGGAUGCCAGCCACUGCAUCCAGCAGAUCCUGGAGGCCGUCCUGCACUGCCACCAGAUGGGGGUGGUUCACCGGGAUCUGAAGCCAGAGAACCUGCUGUUGGCAUCCAAGCUGAAGGGUGCUGCUGUCAAGCUGGCUGACUUUGGCCUUGCCAUCGAGGUGGAGGGGGACCAGCAAGCAUGGUUUGGUUUCGCCGGCACCCCGGGAUAUCUCUCCCCCGAGGUGCUCCGGAAGGACCCUUAUGGCAAAGCCGUGGAUCUGUGGGCUUGCGGUGUCAUCCUCUACAUCCUGCUGGUUGGGUACCCACCCUUUUGGGAUGAAGACCAACACCGACUCUACCAGCAGAUCAAGGCUGGGGCUUACGAUUUCCCCUCCCCUGAAUGGGACACAGUCACUCCUGAAGCAAAAGAUCUCAUAAACAAGAUGUUGACCAUAAACCCAUCCAAACGCAUCACGGCAGCGGAGGCUCUGAAGCACCCCUGGAUAUCACACCGUGCCACUGUGGCAUCAUGCAUGCACAGACAGGAGACAGUGGACUGCCUGAAGAAAUUCAAUGCCCGGAGGAAGCUGAAGGGAGCCAUCCUCACUACCAUGCUGGCCACCAGGAACUUCUCCGGAGGCAAAAGUGGUGGCAACAAGAAGAAUGACGGCGUGAAGAAGCUUGCAAGGACUGAGACUGUGCACAACGCUUCAAACCUGGGCUCAGAAUCGUCGGAGAGCACCAACACCACCAUUGAGGAUGAAGACACCAAAGUGCGGAAGCAAGAAAUCAUUAAAGUCACAGAGCAGCUGAUUGAAGCAAUAAGCAAUGGUGACUUCGAGUCCUACACGAAGAUGUGUGACCCUGGAAUGACUGCUUUUGAGCCUGAGGCUCUGGGCAACCUUGUGGAAGGCCUGGAUUUCCACCGAUUCUACUUUGAAAACCUGUGGUCCCGGAACAGCAAGCCCGUGCACACGACGAUCCUGAACCCCCACAUCCACCUGAUGGGAGACGAGUCUGCCUGCAUUGCCUACAUUCGCAUCACACAGUACGUGGACUCUGGAGGGAUCCCUCGCACUGCCCAGUCUGAGGAGACCCGCAUCUGGCACCGCCGGGAUGGCAAAUGGCAGAUUGUUCACUUCCACAGAUCUGGCGCGCCCUCGGUCCUACCGCAGUAA